AUGUUUAUUGUUUCUAAUUCGGGCGAGGAAACUUACCAGAGUCACUGUUCUAGCCUUCGCAAUUUCUUCGUUUUCCGCAAGUAUCACCUUUCACGCCUGGAGGCCGCAGCACUGAGUAUAAAAGCCGGCGUGGGUGUGGCCCCAUCCAGCCUCCUCUCUCACACCGCCAUGCUCACCACGAUAUUGAUAUGUAGCGUCUUGGUGGCGGCUGCAAAUGCGCGGCCUGAGUCAGUGCCUAGCCACGCCGCCCCAUCGUACCAGGCACCGGCCCGGCCCGCCCCCGCCUACAACGCCCCCGCGCCAGAUCAUGAUCAGAUUCCAGCACAGUACGACUUCACCUACGACGCCCAAGACCCGUACACUGGCAGGAACUUCGGUCACCAGGAGGUCCGUGACGGGUACAACACCCAAGGCUCGUACUACGUUCCUCUCGCUGACGGGCGCGUGCAGAAGGUCACUUACUACGUGGACGGGGAUUCCGGCUUCGUAGCUGAGAUCACGUACGAAGGAACUGCCACUUAUCCUGACCCUGCUCCUUCUUAUAAUCCCAAGCCUACUUAUUCUCAGCCUACACCUGCUCCCACCUAUUCCUAGAUCUCAGAGGUUUAUGUGAUGUUAAUGUGAUAUUUGUAUAUAAAGUUAUUCAAGCUU